ACCCACCUGGGGACUAUCCCAGGCAGGUACGCAUCUGCAAGAGCGCUGCCCUUUGCGCGCAGCUCGCGGCCUUGCCGGUUGGGGGCGCUCUCCCGUGGGAACGUCGGACUCAAUGGGCGGGCCAGGACAGGGCGGGGCAGGGCGGGGCCGCUACCCCUCGGUCCCUCCCUCGCACUGCCAAACUUUCCUACGGCUCUGGGCGCGCCGCUGCGGUAGCUGGAGAGGAGGGGUUCCAUCGCCCACCCGCCCGCCGCGUCCUUCGCUGCUUGUCCGCACCUAGCUGGAGCCCGGCGCCCGGUCGCCCCGUCGCGCUCGGCCCCGAGGGCAUGCGGCAGCUGCAGGAGCCCCCGCUCCCUGGCUCGGCGGCGCGGGUGAACGUGAGCGGAUGUUCACUUCUUCUCCACAAUGAAUGAGUGUCACUAUGAUAAGCACAUGGACUUUUUUUAUAAUAGGAGCAACACUGAUACUGUCGAUGACUGGACAGGAACAAAACUUGUGAUUGUUUUGUGUGUGGGGUCGUUUUUCUGCCUGUUUAUUUUUUUUUCUAAUUCUCUGGUCAUUGCGGCAGUGAUCAAAAACAGAAAGUUUCAUUUCCCCUUCUACUACCUGUUGGCUAAUUUAGCUGCUGCAGAUUUCUUCGCUGGAAUUGCCUAUGUAUUCCUGAUGUUUAACACAGGCCCAGUUUCAAAAACUUUGACUGUCAACCGCUGGUUUCUCCGCCAGGGGCUUCUGGACACUAGCUUGACUGCUUCCCUGACCAACUUGCUGGUUAUUGCCGUGGAGAGGCACGUGUCAAUCAUGAGGAUGCGGGUCCACAGCAACCUGACCAAAAAGAGGGUGACGCUGCUGAUUUUGCUUGUCUGGGCCAUCGCCAUUUUUAUGGGGUCGGUCCCCACACUGGGCUGGAAUUGCCUCUGCAACAUCUCUGCCUGCUCUUCCCUGGCCCCCGUUUACAGCAGGAGUUACCUUGUUUUCUGGACAGUGUCCAACCUCAUGGCCUUCUUCAUCAUGGUUGUGGUGUACCUGCGGAUCUACAUGUAUGUCAAGAGGAAAACCAAUGUCUUGUCUCCACAUACAAGUGGGUCCAUCAGCCGCCGGAGGACACCGGUGAAGCUAAUGAAGACGGUGAUGACUGUCUUAGGGGCAUUCGUGGUGUGCUGGACCCCAGGCCUGGUGGUUCUGCUCCUCGAUGGCCUGAAUUGCAGGCAGUGUGGUGUGCAGCACGUGAAAAGGUGGUUCCUGCUGCUGGCGCUGCUCAACUCCGUCAUGAACCCCAUCAUCUACUCCUACAAGGACGAGGACAUGUACGGCACCAUGAAGAAGAUGAUCUGCUGCUUCUCUCAGGAGAACCCAGAGAGGCGUCCCUCUCGCGUCCCCUCCACAGUCCUCAGCAGGAGUGACACAGGCAGCCAGUACAUAGAGGAUAGUAUUAGCCAAGGCACAGUCUGCAAUAAAAGCAGCUCCUAAACUCUGGACGCCUCUCUGCCCACCCAGGCCUCCUCUGGGAAAAGAGCUGUUAAGAAUGGUUACCUGUCUCUUAACAAAGCCCAUGUACAGUGUUAUUUGACGUCUCCAUUAAUCACUGCUAGAUUUCUUUUAAAAUUUGUUAUUCAUAGUUUAAAAGCAUGGGCAGUAAAGAGAGGACCUGGUGCAUUUAGAGAAAGCACAGAAACGGGAGAGGUACGGCGGGUCCCUACUUGUCCUGUGAACUGCUCGGAGCUCCUGUCAGUCCGGCUGGGCCUUCUGGGUUCUGGCACCAUUUCGUAGCCAUUCUCUUUGUAUUUUAAAAGGAUGUUAUGAAAGGGCUUAGACCAAAAUAAAUAAUAAUGUUACUUGAGCCACCUUAUAUAGCUGCUUGGAAAGUCCAUGUAGUCCUUUCUGCAUGCAUUAACAAUGUUUAGAAAUGCUUCA